GGGAGUGCCGCUCGAGUCCAUCCACGCGGUCACGUGAUAACACGAAAGGGCUUUGUCAGUCGCCGCGGCGCGAGUGAUUUGCGCAGGAAACCAUAUGUCGGCACCGUCAAAGUAAGAGCGCCACGGUAGGUGUCGACCAAAGCUAACCAGGUGGGCGUUUUGCCCGAGGCAACCGGCAGAUUGUGAAAGGGUCGGCAGGAAGCGGCCCGGACACGGCGCGCCAAUUGACCGUGGGCUUCGCGGUGUCCCGGGACCGCCGCGCCCGCCUUUAGGACCGGCGAGUGGAAAAAAGAGGGGGGAAUGAACAACACGCCGCCAGGAUUACGGUUGCUCAGGCCUCCGACCGUCAUCGGCCAGUUCCACACCUUGUUCUUUGGCUCGGUGCGGAUGUUCUUCCUGGGAGUUCUGGGCUUCGCCGUGUACGGGAAUGAAGCGCUGCACUUCAGCUGCGACCCCGAUCGCAGAGAGCUCAACUUGUACUGCUACAACCAGUUCCGACCCAUAACCCCUCAGGUGUUCUGGGCGCUGCAGCUGGUGACAGUGCUGGUCCCGGGCGCCGUCUUUCACCUCUACGCGGCCUGCAAGAACAUCGACCAGGAGGAGAUCCUGGAGCGACCCAUCUAUACCGUCUUCUACAUUAUCUCCGUUCUCUUGCGAAUCAUUUUGGAAGUCAUCGCCUUCUGGCUGCAGAGUCACCUCUUUGGCUUCCAGGUACACCCGCUCUACAUGUGCGACGCCAGCGCCCUGGAAAAGACCUUCAACGUAACCAAGUGCAUGGUGCCCGAACACUUUGAGAAGACCAUUUUCCUGAGCGCCAUGUACACCUUCACCGUCAUCACCAUCCUCCUCUGCAUCGCCGAGAUCUUCGAAAUCCUCUGCAGGCGGCUGGGCUAUCUCAACAACCAAUGACCGCUUCGGCGCGCAAAGCGUAGCCACCGCCGCCGCGUCCCCGCGUCUCGCUCUCUCGUCGGCCUCGUGGUUAGCGACCGCUGGACUCGUGAAAAACGGGAAACCCGCGCUACCGGCCCGCCGCGUGCCGGUCCCAAAUAGUCCGGCUUUCCCCGAGGGAGGUCGUCGUCCCACGGGGCCGCCGGGAGGACGAAAAGGACGCGUCGUCGGGACGUCGCGUGUGGGCCUCGUCCUAAGGAGGCCUCUUGGACCCGGACUGCAGGAGUAUCCUUCCUUGCGACUGCGUGUGCGUGCGUGUGUGUGAGUGCGUGCGUGUGUGAAGGCGGGUGGGUCACCUACUCUACAUCCAAAAGGAUAUGUCUCAAAAACAAAGAACUGAUGACUUUCAAGUAUUUCUAGUAGACAAUUCUUCCCAAUUCAAAACAGUUUGUCAGGAAUCCUCGUUUACUUUCAAGAAAUUGCUCCAUUUUUGGAAGGAAAUAUUCAGAAAGAGCUCAAUGUCAAGGAAUGAAGUAAAAGGUGGUCUGAGCUCGUGUCAUUUUCAUUGAACAGCAUCAAACUUCCCUAUUUCACAAGCUUUUGGUCUCAUUCCCAAGAUGAUUGAUGACGCUUCACAUAACGCCGUUUUUAUUUUCUUAAUCAGACAUCCAUCCAACUUUUGUUGUUAAGGUUUCAUCUGUUUUUCAUCUCAGGUACAAUUAGCAGACAAAAGUGGAUCACUUUGAAUGCUUUUAACACUGGAACUACCGUUUUUUGGGGGGAAAUACCAGAAAGGCGUCAAAUGACCCCAAUACCAAACUGACUACCGUAAUUUCCGGACUAUAAGCCGUUACUUUUUUCCCCUCAUUUUGAAUCCUGCAGCUAAUAGUACAAUGCGGCUUAUUUUUUUUAUUUAUUUGUGUUAAUGGGUAACAUUUUAUUCGACUGUGACGUCAUAAGACCAUCAUAAUUAUGACACAGUCUGGGCAUUAAUGAAUGCUUAUGACCGAUGUCAUUAAGUGUC